AUGGCAUUUAUUCUAUUUGUUGUCUUACCCUUGAUCGCAUGUUUGUCAUUCAGCAUUAUCUCUUACAGAAACUCUCGCCCUCCAAAAAGCUACAAAUCAGUUCCCGGGCCAAGGGGACUGCCUCUAAUCGGUAACACCCAUCAACUGGGGAAGGCGCCGCAACGUCAACUCCAGAAAUGGGCCAGCGAGAAUGGCGAGCUUUUCAAAAUCAGGCUCGGCUGGGAGGAUUGGGUCUUCGUCAAUAGCCCUGAAGCGGUUCGAGAAAUAUUCGACAAGCAGUCUGCAAAAACAUCAGGCAGGAUGCCGAUGCCGGUCGUAUCCGACCUCCUUUCUGGGGAAAACCGACUGCUUCUCCUGACAUAUGGCACAAAGUGGAGGCAGCUGAGAACUAUUGUGCACAAGCUGCUGACACCGAAAGCAUCGGAGACUUACAAACCGUCGCAAGAUUUUGAGGCGAAGCAGUUGCUUUUCGACCUUGCAACCGACAACGAUGAUCAAGAAAGCUUUUAUGUGCACGUUCGCAGAUACACGACCUCUGUCGUAUUGACAAGUACAUAUGGCCGGCGAGUUCCAGCAUGGGAUUGCGACGAUAUGCGAGAGAUAUACCAGCUCCUGAAAGACUUCUCUGAGGCAGCAGAACCCGGCGGGUUUGUAGCCGACCUAUUCCCACCUCUCGCCCAGAUUCCAUCAUGCCUGCAAUGGUGGAGGCCAAGCGCUAUUGCGGCGUACAACCGGCAGAAAAAGACGUGGAUGCGCUACUGGGAUGAGUUGAAAUCUGCUGUGAAUCAGAAGAAAGCUCCCGAGUGUUUCGUGAAGCACUUUAUAGAGACAGAUUUUGAGAAGCUUGGAAUCAGCGAUGUCCAGGCUGGCUUCGUGGCAGGAUGCUCAGAGACAACAUCAUCUGCACUCAACAGUGCAAUUUUGUAUUUGUCAGCCCAUCCAGGCGUCCAAGACACAGCAAACGCUGAGCUCACGAAAGUUGUCGGAGACGACCGAUCUCCCACUUUCUCUGAUGAGGCUGAUUUGCCAUACAUCCGGGCCAUGGGAAAGGAAAUCCUUCGCAUCCGACCUGUCACCAACAUUGGAAGUCCCCAUUACACGACCGCGGACAUUUUCUACAAAGACUAUUUCAUCCCCAAGAACACUGUGGUCGCUAUCCCACAGUAUGUCCUCCAUUACAGUUCAGAUAAAUGGGACAACCCAGAAGCCUUCGAUCCGUCGCGAUACUUGUCUUAUCCAGAGAAAGCAGGCUUCUACGCCGCCCAAGGAGAUGCCAAAAACCGCGACCAUUUCGACUUUGGUGGCGGCCGGCGCAUUUGCCCGGGGAUGCAUCUUGCAGAAAAUAGUCUCUUUGUCACUCUUGCGAAGAUUCUCUGGGCUUUUAAGAUCGAACCGGCACUAGAUCCGAGUGGCAACCAAAUUUCCGUACAUCUCUCAGAUGAUGCAUAUGAGCCGGGUGUCAAUACGCUGCCCAAACCGUUCAAGGCUCGAGACCUAGUCACUAGACAUGAACGGACACUUCAUGCAGAUGCCGCUGCCAUCACAGUGGGAGGUCAUUUGGAAGAAGAGUCUCAGUCGGAAGAUACAUCGAGCGAGGCGGAAGACGAACGCCUACCGAAUGCUCAAAGUCGAUCUCCAAGAAGACAAAGUCUAUUUUCACCAGAGAAGCGCCGCAAGAAGAGUCCCCUUCUAACAACAAGGGAUGCCGGGAGUAUUACUGUCGCAACUGACACUGAAACUAUCACAACGGUUGGGCUAGACCUGGCUGAAGGGAACGAGCCGGUACCCCAUGGAGUACCAGCUCUGUCAGAGCCUCGGACCGAACAACAAACAGAUCCAAGACCGUUGGAUUCUAUGGGCUUCGCGAGCGAAGACCUCGCUGCAUCGUUUCCAGACGCAUCGUUCCCUUGUCCGAUCCCGCCUUCAGUAUUACCUCUACCGGAUGGGACGCUUGAUUUCUCCCAAGAUCUGGGGUUUCUGAACUCUCCAAGCUGGCUCGCAUUUGGUCUGCCAGACGAUCCCAAUUCUGUGUAUGACGUGCAACUGAACAAUUGCCUCGAUACUGCUACGAGAACGGCGGCGAACGAAGUGUCACCAAACUCAACAGCAUGCGACUCUGAUCUCUCUAUGGCCGACCCCGAGCAACAGGUCGUCAUAAAGGACUUCCCGCUGUGGUUCACGCAAACCAGAUUUCUCUUGACCUUUUAUGCUACCUUUAGCGGUGACCAGGACUUGGUUUCAACUUCCACGGAUGAAAGUGGAUUUUACAACCUGAUAUACAAUCAAGCACGCAACAAGCUCAACAGCGAGAAAGCCAAACUCUCCACGAUGGAGUGGUCACACUGGAUUGAACGUGAAUCAUGGAAACGAGUCCUUGGGGGCAUAUAUGUUGCAGGCACUCUGAGAAUGGUCAUUUAUGGCAUCAACCCUAUCUUCAACGCAUCUAACGAUUUGGAAGUGGAAUGUUUCCAUGAGGAACCCCUAUGGAACGCACAAUCAUCUAGCGAGUGGCUAAGUCUACGGCCAAACCAUGAGCACCAGGAGGUCGGCACCAUGAGGGAGCUGGUGGAAGGCGUUCUAUCAGAUGAUCAGAAGCGCAGCAGACUUGACAUCAAUCGAGUCUCUCAUUUCUCAUUGCUGAUACUCACACACGCCGUCAUGGUACAUAUGCGCCAGCUCUACCAGGUAUCGCAGACGUCAGCUCUCUGCGCAUUCUCCAGCCAGUCGUUUCUAGGCCAGUCUCUGUUAAAGACGGGCUUAGAAUCUCUUUCGAGGUGUUACAACUUACUUCAAAUGCCUCAACAAGACAGACUCGAAGACCUGGAUGACAAGGAGAUUGUCUCCCUACGUUUUUCAUCUUAUGGCAUCCUCAGAGCUGCGUACAUCCGACUGUUUGACAUCACUACAGGGUUCGACCGGCUCACCUUGAUGGCCGAGGAUCCCAAAGUCAUCGAAACAUCAGUUGCUAUUUUGGCAGAUGCGCCACUCGACAGAGACCGUUUUCUUCUCGAUGCCGUAGAGAAAACGCUUGAGGGGUUCCAGAUUCCAUUCAGAAUGGGACACAUGCUGAUGCGCAAGACUGCCGCGUUCCGAUGGAGUAUCGAGCACGCAGUCGCAGCUUGGGAUGCUGGACUGUUUGUCACCAAAUGGGUGCACUCGGUGGAGAUCGAUGCAAUAAAUGGCGUUGAACCAACCAGGGCGGAGAACGAGCUGCUUACGGCAAUGAAGGAGGUUCUCGAAGAGGCGGACUAUGAUCCAGAGGAGAACAGGUCGUUUGCGGCGGGACUUGCUCGGACCUGGAGUUUGUUCUUGCAAGACCAUCCUCUCAUCGGAGACAUCAAGGCAAGCUCCACGGAAGAUGUGAUCCAAUUCUUAGGUAUCAAGUAUGCGAGCCUCAAUCACUGGUUUGACAACGCAAAGCUUGUUGAGUGCGACGGAAAAGGCCUUAGUGCCAUUCGUCAUGGGUGGGUGAGCCAGCGGCCGAAUGAGAUCAGGCCACCGGAGCUAACAGAGAUCAUCAGGCCGCAAGUGAUAUCUGAUCCCGAGGGCGUUCAUAAAGAACACUUCAUCAUUCAGAAGACCCUCCCAGUCAGUGACCAUCCAGGCAUCUCUGGAACAGAAUGUCUCAACUUGAACAUUGCUGCGCCAGCAAACUCUUCCAAGGCUCAGUCGCUUCCGGUGAUCGUUUUCAUUCACGGCGGUGCUUUCAUCACAGGGUCAAACUGGUGGCCGCAGUACGACUUGAAGCGGAUCGUGCAACUUUCCAUCAAACAAGCUCAACCUUUGAUUGCUGUCAGUAUCAACUACCGUCUGGGAGCUCCGGGAUUCCUGACUUCAGAUGAACUUCGAAAGGAGGGUCUCAAGAGCAACCAAGGCCAUCAUGACCAGCGAGUUGCUCUUCAAUACGUGAAGAGGUACAUCUCCGGCUUUGGCGGUGAUCCUGACAAGAUUACAGUGAUUGGUGAGAGUGCCGGCGGAAUUUCAACCAGUCGUUUGCUUUACUCAAAUGAUGAUGCACCAUUUCAGUUGGCUGUGUUGAGCGGUUCAUCCCCGUCACUGCCUCCCAUGGAUAUCUCAGCCGCCGAGGAAGCUUAUCGUGGAGCGCUCAAGUCCCUCGGCGCCGAAGACCUGACUCCGAGCCAGCGAGUUGAGACUUUGAGCAGACUUUCACCUGAAGAGCUCCUCGAGAAACUCGACAAGAGUCUUCAAUUCUUGCCCGUGCUGGAUGCAGAAACGGUGCCUUUCGUGCCGACUUUCACUGCAGUAGAAGCCAAAACGUCCAUCCCCGACAACACCCCUUGCAAGGCCAUCUUGGUUGGCUAUCUACCUGAUGAUGCGAGCAUCUUCGGCCUCGCCGGACUACUCCAGCGGAAACCAGGUAUUGGUGCUUCGUUCAAGAAGUCAAUUGAGUCAUCUUUCUCGGAUCACCCCGACAAAGCUACUAGAUUGCUGAAAGCCUAUGGAAUCGGCGAAGAUACCAACGAUGAAGAUGCCUUCAAAGGUGUCAUAAUAUUCGCAUCAGACAUUGGCUUCCAGGCACCGGCCCGCUCGUGGGCUACCAGCUUUCCUGGCGACUCAUACCUCUUUGAGCUGGCCGAGGCAAACCCUUGGGAAGGUCCUUUCAAAGGCUAUGCCACCCAUGUGCUGGAUGUUGCACUCCUGUUCCAGAACUAUAGAGAGCAUCUGGACGCGAAGCAACAAGCCUCUGCAGAAGCUUUUGCUGCAGACAUCAUCACUUUCGCGCACGGCAAGGCGCCGUGGAAGAAGCAUCGAGAUGGAGGCGGCCUGGGCGUAUAUCGAAACGGGUUAAGAACUUACGAAGAAGACCCUGGAGUUAUCUCGGAACAGUAUCAAGUGCUGAUGGAGGCCGUGACUUUCGGCAGCGCCGCCUCGGGCCUCUGCGACACGACGAAGAUUGUUGAAGACUCUGUACGCAUAGGACUGCCCAUCAUCGCCGUCACCAUACAGUACAGACUCAACAUCUUUGCAUUCGGUGAUGAUGACAGCUCAGUAAACCUUGCUUUGAAGGACCAAGCGCUGGCGUUGCAAUGGGUCCAAAGGCAUGUUGCUGCCUUCGGCGGCGAUCCUAAAGCCGUUACUCUUGCGGGGGAGAGUGCAGGAGCAGUUUACUGCCACGCACACAUGGUGAGCAAGGCGCCGUUGAAUCAAUGCAUUUUGGCAUCGGGGUCUCUGCAUCUUUCACCCCCUCAACCGCAAGAGAGGGCCGCUGCAUUUCGCUCUAAUCUCAAGCAUCAUUUACGCGAUUUGGGCAAGUGGGACUUGCGCACAGCUCCUGCUGAUGUUAUCGUGGAGGCAUUGAAGAGAUCUGAGAUCCAGUCUUGGUUCCUUCAGACGGAGUGGUCACUUGAAGGAUGGCAGGAGAGCUUGGGCGAGGCAAGCCGGCUGAUGAUCAGUGAUGUUCAGAACGAGUCUGUCCUCUGGCGCGAUGGCAUCUGGUCAAUGGGUGCCAGUGACAUUGUCAGCGCGUUUGACAUCGCAGGAGAACAUCGCGAUAAGCUCAAGCAAGCGUACAACAUUUACCCGAAUAGGCCGUCCUCGUGCAAGCUUGGGGCGCUGGACUUCAUCAACGAUUACAAGUUCUUGCUCCCUAUUCAGGAGAUGGUUCAGCUCUGUAAACGCGCCGAGACGCCCGUGUACCGAAGUCUCAUUGAUGAGGCCAACCCUUGGCAGCCGUCGAAUGGUGCGCAUCACGCGAUCGAUCUGAUCCUCCUGUUUGGCGGUUUUGACUCGUCGAUAUCUCCAGCUGCCAAGGCGACUGGCGAAGAGAUGCGCAGAUCGUGGAUUCGGUUCAUCCAUUCGCAGGAGCCUUGGUCUCCGAUCUCAACCGCUGCCUUUGGGCCCUUUGGCAUGUUUCAGGAGCUCGAUGACACCGAACUAAGAUCACGAAGGCGCAUAGAUCAGGCGAAAUUCUUGCAAAGCGUUGGAUCGCAGGCGCUGGACAAAGUGUUCCUGGCUCUAGCGGCAGGAAAAAUCAGUCUUCUGAAUUAA